CAAGGCUGUGAGGUGACAUCACGGUAAUAUCGAGCAUACGCCCUUCGACGGACAGUUCCCAGAGCGAGAGGCUUGUUAUAAACGUAUCAAAAAUGUUAUUACACGAUCUCGAACUCUAACCUCUGCUACUGGAUCCAAAAACGGUCUCCAAGGAGGACAUCCAGCAUACCAAGACAAUGUCUGAAACAACUAUUAUCGAACUUACACCCCCAGCUUCGGCAUUGCUUACACCACCGCCACCAAUCACCCAGGACGAUGGCAUUGCGUCUCAAAGAAUCGCUGAAACCGCACUGGAGCAGCCUGCAUUACGGAAGGGCUCUACUGCGGUAGUAUUUGUGUCUGUGACGGGCGUUACAGGUAUCAGCAGUCUGCUUGCGGGUCUGAUAACCGUUAUUCUACCAACAUUGGCAAAAGACCUGCACCUUUCAGAUUCUGUUCUUCUAUGGCCUUCGUCAAUCUAUGCUCUAACGUGUGGUUGCUCGCUGAUUCUUUCAGGAGCUGUCGCCGACGUGGUGGGCAACCGCUUCAUGUAUCUGCUGGGUUGUCUACUUCAAUGCGCGCUCACCCUGGCAUGUGGACUGGCCCAGAACAGUUUGGAGCUGCUCUUCUUCCGCGCACUUGCUGGCGUCGCGAUCGCCUUCUGUCUGCCCUCCGCCGUGAGUCUCAUCACGUCGUAUUUCCCCCACGGGCGCCGUCGCAAUUUUGCGUUUGCAAUGAUGGGCGCUGGUCAGCCUGUAGGCUUCUCAAUUGGCCUGGUCGUGGGGGGCAUCUUGACCGAUGGACCCGGGUGGCGGGCGGGUUUCUAUAUCGCCGCUGCCAUCAAUGCUGUCCUUUUUGCUCUGGCUGUUAUCGGUCUGCCAAAAUCGGCACAGCCAACGCGGCUGUCAGUCAGGAGACUGGCAACAGAGAUUGACUGGCCGGGGGCCUUGAUCCUCAGCACCGCGCUGGGUCUCCUCUCGUACGUUUUUGCUGUCUUGACCGGCAAUGUUUCAAGCAUCAAGUCACCUACAAACAUAGCAUGCUUGUCAACGGCGGUUGCGUUAAUACCGGCAUUCAUCUGGUGGGUUGGUCGACAGGAGAAGCUCAACCGUCCAGCAAUCAUCCCGAAUUCGCUGUGGCGCAAUAGGAUCUUCACGAGCGUUUGUGUCGACGUCUUUUUGGCUUGGGGAGCAUUUAAUGCAACCGAAACCCUUCUUACCUUCUUCUUCCAGGAUAUCCAACAGCUCAGCGCCACUCAGACCUCUCUGCGUUUCUUACCAGCUCCGGCUUCUGGUAUUGCCACCAAUAUUCUCAUGGGCCUGGCGGUGCACAAAGUUCGCGCAGAUUGGGCGGUCAUCUUCACCAUGGCGAUCUCCAGUAUCUCACCUCUCCUCGUUGCCAUCAUGAAAGUCCGCGCGUCUUAUUGGGAGUACGUUUUCCCAGCUAUAACGUUAAAUGCCAUAGGACCAGACGUUCUCUUUACCGUUUCCAACCUAGUCAUCACAGCCGCCUUUCCAGAGAAGACACAGGCAUUGGCAGGCGGGGUCUUCAACACUGUCGCACAAAUCGGUAAAAGCGUCGGCCUUGCGCUCUCCGCUGUUAUCGCAGGAAGUAUCACCAUGCAGUCAGAUUAUGCAGAUAAACAAGCACCGAAGGCACUGAUGGAAGGAUACAGAGCAGCCUUCUGGUUCUGCUUGGCUGUGACGUCGAGCACCCUUGUAGUGAGUCUUUGGGGCUUAAGGAACAUUGGAAAAAUCGGGCUGAAGCGAGACUGAGGCUCCACUCGGUCCAGACCUGCUCCCCAGGCCGGUCUUUGGAUGGUUUAUAUACAUACUCAAGAGGCUCAACGGGGUUCAGGUUGAGUCUAUUGACACCAUUGAGUUGCACAUCGCGCUCUCCAAGAAUUGGUCUAUUCAGGUUUCACAUACCUUGCGGCGCGAUUUUGACGGAUAUAAAGACAGUCGUACCACGCCGAUACUGCGGACGAGUACGCUAUGGUACAGCAAACCACAUCUACCCCUGCUGCAAAUACCAUUGAGG